GGCGCCCCUUAGCGGUGACUGUGAUAGUUAAUCUGAUUUUUGUUGUAAAUAACAAGAGGCAAAUAAUCAAAAAAUACAAAUACCUAAAAUUUGAAUCGUACAAAAAUAUGUGUUGAAGGCUGCUUUUAAUUCGUGCUGGAUUAUUAUAACUUGACAACAUUUCUGUGAAUAUAAACGAAUGUAAACAACCAGUGAUGUCUCUAUAAUGUCAGCUGGUGUUUUUUUAGGGGAUUAAAGUCGAUGAUCGGACCGUAAGGCAGCCUCGGUGCAGCGUCCGAUCCGAUCGUUGUUGAUGUUUACUCAUUUGAGGAUAAUGGGAUAUUUCCCCCUAUUGAGCAUGCAUCUGAGGCUUUGUCGCGUUGAUAGACCGCAAUCCAACCUCUCACACCGCCUUGUUUAAUAAUGGUGACAUCUAUGUAGAGCACGGGAGGACGAGCUCUUUUGUUUUGAUAGAUCCAGCAGCUGACACGCUAAACCCCCUGUCGCGGAGCAGCUGGCCCGGAGCGCAGAUGAGGAUGAUGAUGAUGAUGAUGAUGCUGAGGCUGUGGAGAUGAGUGGUAUUAAUAGGAGAGCUUGAGAGUCACACAGGCUUUCACUGUCGAGACCGGGGGGCUUUGGUGGAGAGUCGGUGGACCGGGCUGGGGGGGCUUUUGUAUCCAAACUGCGCAGUUGGGAUAAAAACAAGGAUUUGCUGUUUACCAGAGAGGCAACAUGGACGUGCUGCAGGUUCUGAAUUUGGGCGAAUUUGCCCAAAUUUUCUCUAAAAUGGGAAUGUUUCCUGUGUUUGAUCUGGCGUAUUACAUCGUGUCCAUCCUCUACCUCAAGUAUGAGCCAGGUCAGUGCACUUCACACUUUUGAGUUUGCUUGGAGUGAGUAAGGGUAUAUGCCUGACAGAUGUGAUAAGGUGUAAUGUGUGUUGUUUUGGGAGGUUGACACAUAUCAAGACAUAUGAAACAUCGGAAGGCAGAACUUAAGCCACUAACUAUGUCGAAAGUAUCUUUUGAAAUGUCUCAAGAAAGCAAAGCUGCCUGCCACAGGAAGUUGCUCCUCUGUUUUACAGUGGUCUUACAUCCCUAUAGGGACUUUCUGUUGCUGUUAUCUUUAUCCUUAUAAAGCCUGACCUGUUACAUAAAUGAAGCUGGAGCACUUGCAGCUCCAGCUUACUUGCUUGCUUGGUUGUGAGGGGAAUCUUUGUAGUUGCAGCAGUCUGACCUCAUUUACACCGAGGAAAUCACUGAACCGGAUUAAACCACUCAGCUUUGGGUAAAGCCUGAUUUUUCCAAGAUCUGACUCCUUUGAGCAACAGAGCUUGAGGAGGCUGAAACUUGAGAGAAAGCCUGUGCAUACCAGUGACUUAGGCAAUAAAUAGAAGAUCCUGAAAUAGACAGUGUCAGUGGGCCUUUGAAGCCCUUCUGCUGCACACUUAUAGCCUGCUCUGGUGGGUGCCUGAUAUGUACAUUGAAUGUUUAACAUGUAUAAAGCAGUUCAGGAUGACCUUAAUGUUCCUUGGUGUUUGUACCUCUUAAAAGAAGUCCACCUUCAAGAGAAGUUCACCCUGUAGUUGUGGUGUCAGUUGAACCUUCAGUGAAGCUGGUAGAAGAACCAGACGUAUCUAAACCUCAUAACACACUAUUAUAAAAGUGUACAAGGCGUCUAUUCCCAUCAGUUUGGGGUUAAACUGCGCUUAAGUGGACUUGUUUCAGCUUUGACAAACAAAUAAAGGUUUAAAUGGAGAUUAAAUUUGUGUGGUUGAAAACAAUUCAUUCAUAUCAUCAAAUUUGUACCAUGCCCUCAAAAUGAAACUCUAAUGACUCAAAAGUAUGUUCACAAUUGCUAUGGAGUUCUGUGGUUCUGGAGGAAUUGUACCAAAUCUAAUAUUUUAAUCUCAAGCCUAACCAAUAUUCACGGGCCUUCCAUAGCCCACCACUAUCUCUGCUUGAGGACAUCCUUAAACUUAGACCAAACAGCUGGAGAUUGAGUUGUUUUCAGGAUGAUGUUAUGAUAAAAAAAGUGUGUGGCUCAGGUUCUGUCGCAAGCUUUUUACUUAUAUAUAAUUCAGCACUGUAAAGUUAGCACACCACAGUCUCAGUCCAAACUUUGUCAGGUUAAGUUUCUAAAGUAAGCCCGGUCAACUUUUGCUGCCCAUGUAUGAUAGUGAAUAUUUAAGUAUAGAUCUGGUAUUGUAUGUAUUUUAUGCCGGAGAAUCAAGGAACUGUGUGUAAAACUCUGUUACCUUGUUUUUGUUAUCCGAGGUGUUUGGCUGACUUGAAGCUUUUGCUAGCCAACCUCACACUCUUUAAAAAAACAGAUGAGAGAUCUUGCUCUGCUGUAUCCAGUUUGAGCCAUCAUUAAACAAACCUCCACCUGUCAGAGCUGCAUCCGCUAAAUGGUUCUUUGACAGUCACAGCUAUUGUGCCUUGCUGAGUUAAGUGAGCACAUGGAUAAAGUUGUAUAUAAGGUGUAUUAUCAGCUGUUCAGGAGGUUUAAGGUGUAAAAGGAUUUGAAACUGAAUGAAUGUCUUUACUUUGUAUCAAACAAGGAGGAAUAAAGAGGCAAAGAAACACUAACCAAGCUGGUUGUUAAGUACACAUCAUAGUGCAUGUUUGCUUUAGUGCGUUACCUUACCUAAGGCUAAGAGUAGCAUGUGGCUACAAACGAUGACCUCGUGACCAUAAGCAUUUCUCUGACAUCAUAUCUGAGGAAAUUUUACAGUCAAAUGUCUUUGCCUGCCAACAUUUGCAAGAUCAUUUAUCAUUCACCGCCCCUAUUUGUGGCUGAGUGGAGAGUCCAUGUUCACAGUCCAUGUUAGAGGAGAGCAUGAAUGAGAUCUUAGGGGUCGACAUGGGCGGGGAAGGAGGGACAAGUGUUAGGGUUAAAGGUUAAGGUAGUUCUUACAGUGUACGGGCGGGAGAAGCAGUUGGGCAGAAUAUAUUUAUAGGGCGACAUUUCUCAGUGUCAUAUUGCUCACAAUCCGAGCACCAGUCACCAUGACACCCUCCUCCACCUGUUGUUGGAGAUUUGUGCCGUGAAGCAGCCGUGUUCUGUUCAAGUGUCAGUUUACUCAACGUCUCCAACAGUACUUGGAGACUGUACAAUCUCACCCUCAUAAACACUUAAAUACCUUUAUACUCUAUCAUUUGCACAUUGAAACAGAGCAUUUAUGUUCUUCUGUGAUCAUGUGUUUCACUAAUUUCAUACAACAUCAUCGAAAUGAUUGUUUGCAGGAGGAAAAUGUGAGACGUCUAUUUAAACCUUUAAUUUGGUACAUGCAUUGUCUUGAGUUCUGCCCAUCCCAGUUAGAAAUGUCAUGUGUAAGCUUACUAGCUGGUUUCCUAAUCUGUGAGGUUUUUUAAUGCGUCAGAUGGCGAACAGUCAGCUUGUUUCUUGUCCCUUUGUUUUGUUUGUUCUAGCAGAAAAAGUUAGGUCCAGUGUUCAGGAUUUUGUGGCAACAAACUGUGAGAUUGUAACCAACGGACAGCCAUGCUCUUAAAGUCAGCCACUCCCACUUCAUGUGUGGGAGAAUUUUGAAAGUUUGUCCUUUCUGGGCUACUGUAGAAAUGUGGAAAAGCAACAUGACAGACAGCUUGCUCUCUCUGUAGCCGGAGGGGUGGAUUUAAGUUAAUGAAAACCAGCAGUGCUUAUUUAAAGUCAGUAUAAACAACAAGUUAUCAAAACAAAAUGAUGGUUGUAAUAUCUCACUGAAUAAUAUUUAAUCCUUAAUAUUUGCUCUCAGCAGAGUCACACAGUUAGAUACAGAUGUGAUCCCUCUAUCCAGGAUUUUACACAGAGUAGAAAUUGAAAUACAAGAGACUGGUAAUUAUUGUUAAAGGGAUCAAGAUGAAGGUAAAGAACUGAUUUAGUGAGUAAAAAGGUUAAUUUAUUCCUCGGUCUUUGACUCUCAAAAUCUUAAAUAGUAUUUUCCAUCGACAUAUUUGUUCUUGAUAUCUGGAUACAAAUAUGCUCCUGCAACAUUGAAAUCACACUGUGCUUAUGAUUCAAUGAAUCAUUUGUUGAGUCUGUAAACUGUCAGCUCAUACAUCGGUGAAGGAGCCUUGAGACAAUAUUAGUUCAUGAUAAAUACACAGAUUAUCAGGGCGUGAACUGAAAGGGUUUACUGGGCGUGGGACUAAGAUACAGCACAUGGACACAUAAGGGACCCCCUGAUAGGGGCUUUUUAAGGUCACCACUAACAGUUUGGCCUCGGACAAACCCAAGUUAAGUUAUUCUUUCGAACCAAAUUUUGUGAGAGAGGAUAGCUCAAAGCUUUCCAAAGAGGGCUAAUUAUGACAUUAUGAUAGAGCAACAUUAUGAGAGGAGUGAGAGUUUUACCACACAACAUUCUCAAAUGAAUCUAAUCAAACAACUCAAUCCAUUUAACUCUAAUUAAAUUUUAAAUGAAAAGAUAAGCGCUUUAUAAUUAUUCCAAAACAACUCAGAGGCAUGUGUUGAUAUCUUUUUGGUGCUACAGCCAGGAGGAAUCAAGGCUUGAAAUGACAAGCUUCUCAGAUCCUUUGCUCUCUGUGAAUAGUCAUUGUGUGAUGAUAGUGUGUAUUUCUUCUUCAAACAUUUCCAGGCUGGUUUUGAUGCAACUUGACGGCUGAUGUUUGCUGAAAACCAAACAUAUAUUUACCGAGUUUAUAUCUCUGAAAAAGACUCACUCUUAAUAUUGUACAACAGUAUCACAGGCUGAAAGUCUGAAAGUAGUCGAGUGUUUGUCAGUAUUUAUAUUUUGUUCACAUCCUUGAUAAAUGAGCAAAUGAAAAGACUAACAAUGAAAAUAAAGAGGGAAAUUGGGCUGUAUCUCACAGAAAGACAUGUUAGAUUACUCAUAAGCUUUUUUCUGUACAUGCUGAUGCUGCUGGAAUUUUAAUUUCUUUGAGGGAACCUUCCUAAAAGAAACAAGAUACUUAACAUACUAAUCUAAUCUAGUGUGUUAAGUAUCUUGCCAUUUUGUUGUUUUCAGAGCACAGCUGCCAAGUGUUAAUAUUAGCCUUUAUCAACUUCCUAACCAGUGGGAGUGGAUUGACACUUAAACACUGCUGGUGUCUGACCAUAGUGAAUGGGUUAUGUUGUUUAAUCUUGAUAUCUGACCAGAAUGUCUUAAAGGAUUUUUCUAAAACUGAAAUUAAACAAGCAGAGAUGAGUUUUAAUGCUUGUCAAAUCCUGAAUUUCUACUGCUCAUAACCUUGAGCUUACCAGUUAGAGGUAAAAACAGACUUUGAGCUGAUCUCAGAGGACAAUGGCGUCCAUGUAUGUUGUUAAUACCCUUCAGCUUUUCUGUCCCUCACGACUCCCCCUUUUCUGUGUUGCAGGUUCAGUGGAGGUUUCUCGCAGGAGUCCGGUGGCCUCCUGGCUCUGUGCCAUGCUUUACUGUUUUGGUAGUUACAUCCUAGCAGACAUCAUGCUUGGAAGCAGCCCCAUCGACUAUUUCCAACACAACAGUCACAUCCUGCUGGCCUCAGCUGUAUGGUGAGAAAACCCCCCGUGAAAAAAAGUUCACUCAAACUUGAAAAUUAUCUUUAAGUGAUACUUUUUUUUACCCACUGUUAUAUAGAUGUCUAAAAAACACAAUGAGAUUCAUGUGACUUCUAUUCAAAGCUCUUUUGAGAGACUUUCAGUUUGUGUUAAUUUGACAAAAAACUAAUUAAUCUGACUUUUGAUUGUCAAUUAUUGUGAAUAUUUUAGGUGUAAAAUGUAAAAACAGCUGUUUCUUGAAUCACUUGAAUGACACCUACAUUCUCGCACAGGCUCUUGGCACUAAAGUUAUAAUAUAAAAAUUUACAUUAUGUGGAUGAUAGUCUUGUUUGUUUUUCAUAAGCAUAUCAUUUAUCAAUAUAUUGAUCAUAAAAAUGGCAUCAAUGUGAAUUUAAGCUAGUUUUCAAGUCCUUUAAGGAGCUUUAAGACCGGCCAUCAUGCCCAGAGGACACAGUGGCUUGUUUAUUAUCUCCUGUCUUAAAGAAGAACAACUUUUAAAGGAUCAGUUCAGUCUGAUUUCAAAGUAUGUUCCCCACAAAUCACGAUCUUCACGUAGUUGAAAAAAUGAUCUGUUGAGGAACCAUGUCGCAGUCAGUUCGAAGAAUUUAGGCCUUCUUUUCCACACCCUCUUAAAAUAUCAAUUUUAUUCCCCUUUUUCUCUCUAUGUCUGUUCCUUGUAAACUCAGGUACCUCAUCUUUUACUGCCCUCUGAACCUCUUCUAUAAGUGUGUGGCUCUCCUGCCUAUCAAGCUGGUGUUGGUCGCUUUGAAGGAAGUCGUCCGCACUCGUAAGAUCGCCGCAGGUGUUCACCAUGCCCACCAUGCUUACCACCACGGCUUCUUCAUCAUGGUCAUCGUGGGAUAUGUCAAAGGUUUGCAUCACUGUUUCAUGUAAUUGUAGAAGUUGUAUUUGUUGGACCAGUGUUGAAGCUUGUAGGGUUUGUUGUUUGGUUGCGUGUUGCUCGCUUGUGCCAGCAGUCUGUGCAGCCCGCUCUGGCAGCCGCUCUUUCAAUGGACAGCUGCAUUCAGCGAGGGACACCCCCAGGAAACUACACAGAGGAGACAUUUACACACGGAUGAAUGACACAUGUUCAUGCCAGUGUGCACAUGUGUUGGUCAUUCAUGGUAAAGUGAGACAGCACACGUGUUCACAGUCAUCAGGCCUCAUGGUGAAGCUGAGAAUCAUUGACUUCAAUUAGAGUUUUUUGAAAUGUUGGGAAUAAAUUCAGGGUCUCUUCAGCUCAGUUUUUGAAAUUUGAUGUAAUCUCUUAAGUUAAAUGUGUUUAAAAAGUGUAAGUUAAAGAGACACAAUCAAAUGAAUAGUCGUGUAAACCCGCCUCCUGAUUUCCUGAUUUCCUCCAGACAUGCAUGAGAGGAAAAAAUCUGGACCGGAUAAGAGCAACAAGAGGAGACACACACUUUUUUGUCCUCAUUUUUUUCUUCCGCUGUCUAUUUUUAUUCCUGCAGGCUCUGGGGUGGCUCUUAUUUCCAAUUUUGAGCAGCUGCUGCGUGGUGUGUGGAGGCCCGACACCAAUGAGAUCCUCAACAUGUCAUUGUAAGUCUGUGUGUCCUGCUGCUGAUGGAAGAACACACUCAUGACUGCUCCACCACGAAACAUUUAGAGACGAAACUAGCCUGAAGGAAUAAUGUGACUGAAAUGAGGCACAAAAGAGGUUUUUCUUUUUUACAACACAGGAGGUUUGUUGAAGUUACUUUAAAAAAUAUUAGGGCUAGGGCGCUCUCUAGUGGCAAUUUAAAAAAAGGCACUUUAGCAGAUAUGUCAGGUAAUAAUCCAUCACUUCCAUUUGUGGUAAUUUCAGCAUAAAAAGGAACAAUUAGGCUAAAGUAAAAAUAUUUAAGUGAAAAAUCAAACCUUAAAAGCCUCUGAAAAUAGUUUUAAUUUUUGUGCGACCUUACAAAGCAAAUAAGAGCAGUGGGCAGUACACUGAAAAAAAUAAAUAAGAUUUACUUAAAAAACAUAUUGUAACUAUUUACACACAAAUGAUUAAAGUUAAUGUAAUGCUGCUUUAUCAAGUAACACUUACUUGCCAGUAUCAAGUAAAUUUUACUUUCCAUAACACAUAACUGUGUGAAGAUAUUAACUAACAUUUACUUAAUUAAACAAAUUAAGUAAAGUCUACUUGAGGUUCACGGGCAGGAACCUCAUUUUACUCAAAAUUUUAAGUACAUUUUAUAUCUCUGUAGUAUUUGCUGUUAUGAAGUAAGUCAGUAGAUAUUAAUUCUUUUCUUGUGCUUGACAUUUUCAGAGUAAAGUUUUUGUAGUGUUUGUAGGUUUAUGUAAAUACAACUAUUCAACAUUUAAAUAGUGUAAAGAAACCAAAGUAAAACAUACUCUUCCCCCACACUUCAUGUAUUACGUUAAAAAAUGUUUAAUUUUACUUAAGAAAUUCUAGUUCUUACUGAGUCUUAAAAAUACAAGGUAGAAAUUAUGAUAGUUACUCUAAUAGAGUUUACUGCACCAAAAAGUCACUUUUUUCAGUGUAGAAUCAGUUUUUCCAUCCAGUGAGUUUUCAUACCUGCUACAGAUACCACCAGGCUGCUGUUAGAUGAGGCUUUUAAUGGCACAUGGGUCUAAAGUGCUUUGUUUACAUGAUUUAUGGAUAAGAUUCACAAUGAGUGACUCUUAAAAGUAAAAACAAAGCAGAGUUUGAUUUGUAUUUAGAGAAGACAACUUAGUUUUACACAGGACUGGUCCAGGAAAGAGUCAAUACUACUGCCCUCAGGGGUUGCAGAAAUUAACCAUUACAAAAGUUUUCAUUAUUAGCUUUAAAAGCAAAAAGGACAUUUUAAGAUGCAAUUUGUCCAGAGAAGAGGGAAAGAUUUGUUAAACUGAGGUAUUUUCUUUUCUUCGAUCUGUGAGGAUUUUCAAACUUUGAUCAGAUUAAUAAUGUUGUUUCUCUCUGCAGCCCGACCAAAGCCAGUCUGUAUGGAGCCAUCCUCUUCACCAUGCAGGAGGCCCACUGGCUGCCAGUGUCCAAACCUGUCCUCAUCCUUGCCUUCACCCUCUUCAUGGCCACAAGCAAGGUGAGUUCAGCGCUGCAGCGGGGAGAGUUUCAUUGCUGCAGUGUUGCUUUCCUGAUAUGGCUCAAGCUUGAUACUUUGAAUAGAUGUGGAUUUCAUUAUUUCGAAGUUAGAGGUUUGGUGACCAGAGCUUUCUCCUGUUUCAUCCUCAGGUGGUGAUGACUGCCCGCCAUUCUCAUGGCUCCCCCUUUGCUCUUAUUGAGUCCUGGAUUUGCCACUUUCUGUUUGGCUCCCCUGUUGGUGGAUCUGAGGAAGACCAUCACGCUGCCGCCGCUGCCCCAUCUUCACCUCUGAAAACCAAGGAGGAGCUGAGCGAAGGCACUCGCAAGAGGAAGGCUAAGAAAGCAGAGUAGGGCACCGUGUUGCAACAUUAAAACUGUAUCUGACUCGGCCUCAACUCGAUGGGACUUCCCAUUCGUUACCAGGGAAAAGGGUAGUUUGAUGUUUUACCGAAUGAAACCUUUUUUUAAUAGAAAAAAAAAUGGUGCUUUCUGCAUUUUACAUAGCACAAAGACUCUGUAAAUACCAUGGCAAAUGUUUCACACUUCAACCCAACCUGGACAUUUUGAACCUAUUUAUUUAUGUGUUUGUGAACAUCUGCAGCUGUGCUCAACACUGUGUGGUGAUCCAUGUUUGUGUCAGGAUGACCUCUGCUCCACAUCAGUCGUUGUGUUCCCACUCACCCUUAUUUUGCCUUGGAAAGUAUUUUGAAAUUUAGCCGACCAUCAAUCAGAAAUUCAAAUGUGGAUAAAGCAAUUUUGAAAGAAUAUUGCUGCUUUUUACACUGAGAGGAGAAAACAUCAUGUCUUUCAAUAAAACCAUGAGAAACAUUG